GAUCACAAGUAGAAAAAUUCGAAGAAAGUUUUUGUUUUGAUUAGUGAGUCUUCGGAGAAGAAGAAGAAGAUGAGCAGAGGAAGCGGUGCUGGUUACGAUCGUCACAUCACUAUUUUCUCACCAGAAGGUCGUCUCUUCCAAGUAGAGUAUGCUUUCAAAGCCGUGAAAGCAGCUGGAAUCACAUCGAUCGGUGUCCGAGGGAAAGAUUCAGUAUGCGUCGUUACGCAGAAGAAAGUUCCGGACAAGCUUCUAGAUCAGUCUAGUGUAUCUCAUCUUUUCCCUGUUACCAAGUACCUUGGAUUAUUAGCUACUGGCAUGACAGCUGAUUCAAGGUCAUUGGUACAACAAGCAAGGAAUGAGGCAGCUGAGUUUAGGUUCCAAUAUGGAUACGAGAUGCCUGCGGAUAUUCUUGCUAAAUGGAUUGCAGAUAAGUCACAGGUUUACACUCAACAUGCUUAUAUGAGACCCCUUGGAGUAGUUGCCAUGGUUCUCGGUAUUGAUGAAGAGAGAGGACCUCUACUUUACAAGUGUGACCCAGCUGGACAUUUUUACGGUCACAAGGCAACUAGUGCUGGUAUGAAAGAACAAGAAGCAGUCAAUUUCUUGGAGAAGAAAAUGAAAGAAAACCCUGCCUUCACAUAUGAUGAAACAGUACAGACUGCUAUAUCCGCUCUCCAAUCUGUUCUUCAAGAAGACUUCAAAGCAACUGAAAUUGAGGUGGGAGUUGUGAGAGCUGAUGACCCUCUCUUCCGUUCCCUGAGAACAGAGGAGAUUGACGAGCACUUGACGGCCAUUAGUGAACGCUUGUUAAAGAGUCUACACUAUGGCUUACAGGGGAAACUUAUAAACUCGGCACAACAUAUUCAACAAGUUGACUGGUCUGCACGGUUCAGCAUAGCUGUCGAAAUUGCAAACGGACUGAAGCUUUCACCAAUCUUUCACCGCAACAUCUAUCAGAGAAUCGCAUGGACUCGGAUAUGGAGCCUUGCGUUUCAGAUUUCAGACUCAACAAUUACAACGGCCACCAUUACAAGCAGAACUGGGUACAUUGCACCAGGUACAGACAUGGCUCUUAGGUGUACUGAGAAGAGGCCGGUGAAAGAUUUGACUGAUGUGAAAGUUUUGGAAGAACACUUCUAAUUCAGUUGAGUAGUUUCGGAUUUUUGCGGGCUUAACAUGUGUAGCAACUAAUAUAAAUAUUUGAGUAAC